AGACUACGAGUUGCCCGGCGCCGGCGCCGCGCGCCCGGCGCGGCCGGCCGCCUCAGCCCGGGUCGCACUGUGCUGGCCGGCGGAAUGCAAGGGCAAGGCCCAGGCCAGGGCCCCGCCCCGGCCGCGCCCGGCCCGUUCCAUAAAACAAUCAGGAACAAUGCUCGUUGUGUACAAAGACGGUCAAUCAAUUAUUCAAUGGGAGACCGGAGAGGAAAGAAGUCACCGCUGCUAGCCGCUGACAAAAUAAACGCUGUACACAGACGGCUCGCAAUAGAUCGUGCAGCUGCCAUUAUGUUAGGGCCGGUUAAUGCAAAAUCCCCCCGAUGCGAUGGGGCUCAUCAAUUUUUGUUUUUAUUUCAUAGAUAUAUCAUGAAUAUAUAAAAAGAACUAGACGAAAAUAAAGCUAAGAUUAUUAUUUCGUUUUUGCCUGAAAUGCACCAAACGGGAAAAAAUGAACUUAAAAAAAAAAUCAGUGACAUACUUCGGCUGUCGCGCAAGUAUGUAUGGCCAUUGAGUCCCUGCAGAUAGGUAGAACUUCUGUAAAAUUUUGGUGAGUGGAGCCAACGCCGGAGUUCAGCGGAACAACCAAUAUAACAAAGACCGAAGCUUUAGGUCUACCAUUAUUGCUAGGCAAUAAAGUCAUGAAGUUUCCAGAGAAAGAAGAUUACCCCGUCUGCCUGGUCGCUUGCAAGAGUAAUGAGCAGCCGCUCUCUCCUGAAAAAAGGUACCAGUCUCCUCAGACCUCGACAUCUUCAUCAGCAUCUCACAAGAAUGAUGGGAGGUCACUACAGGAUUUCUCUUCCCAGGUCGGAGCGAGCGGCGUCGUCAUCGACCACCAAAACGGACUGGUUAUCACAACCGCCCUGCCUUUCACAGAGUAUAUCCCUAGCGAACACGGCGGAAUAAAUGAUCACCAAACGAAUAGUGAAUUCGAUGGUUCUGCAGAUCAUUAUAGUUCAAAUGAGUUCAAAAACUUAUCAGUUUCUGUCAUUUUCCAAAGUAGAGCUAAAAAGGAAAAAGAAGAGGGAUGCGGCUUGCAGUCAUCAGUACAUAGAGCCGCUACCCCGCACCGUCCAAGUGCGAAUAAGGUUUUCUCGGCAUUGCGUCAACCCACUGACAGAGCACCUUCACACGUUGACGAUAAAGCGACCGAUUCGUUUGAGGUAUACGAUGCAAGAGUUCUUUUGCUAUGGAAAUGCAAAUCAUUCCAUGAUGAGGUUCAAACGCUCAUGCCAGUCGCAGAUGGGUGGGAGUUGGACUAUGGAGACAAGCGUGGAGAGAUCGGUAGCAGUUCCCAUCUCGAUAGCAGCAAGGAUGUGGUUGCGGAUGGGGAGGCGGAGACGAGAAAGGAGAACUUCUUAUCCUGGUUUGCUCUUAUUCAAUUCAAAGGAGGUUCUCAAAUGUCUGCCCAAGCUCCUAUCAAAAUAACUCCAAGUACAGGUCUUCAUCUAGCUCAGCCCGUUGUGGCCUGUGGAACUCCGUUUGCAACGCUCAGUCCAUCCAUCUUCUACAACAGUCUAAGUCGGGGUAUCAUUACGAAGCAUUGUGGGAAGGAUCUCGUCAUUACGGACGCAAGGUGUAUGCCGGGUAUGGAAGGAGGAGGGCUGUUUGUACAAAGAUAUUUAGCUGCCAUGAUUGUAUCUCCUCUGUGUUGGAAAGCCAAUGAGUGGAUUGGCCUGACUCUUGCUUGUUCUAUGACAGCCAUCUUGGAUUCCCUUGAAGGAAUGACCUCCAUUGACCUUUCGAGAAUAAGGUCGACAAACUUUGGAAACAGCAGUCAUCAUGCGCAUCGUAGUAACACAGAAACAUGUCCGAAGCAUUUUCAGAGCGUAGUUCUGUUGCGAGUCGGAACAGUGUGGGGGUCAGGGGUCAUCAUUGACGCAAACGAAGGGCUCAUCCUGACAUGUCGACAUGUAGUGAAGAGUUCAGGUCAAAACCAAGUGGGUGUGAAAGUUGCCUCUGGCCCAUGGAUGAAAGCAAGUGUUCUACAUACAAACUCAGCGACCUCACCAAUUGACCUUGCUAUUGUUAAGGUCAAAGGUCAACUUGAUACCGCUUCCUCCAUUAGCAUCAGAAUGGGUUCUGACUAUCAAGAAGGAUCUCGGGUAUAUGCUGUAGGAUUCCCUCUCUUUGAUCCCAGCCAAAGUUCAACGCCCUCCGUGACUGCAGGGGUCGUGUCAAAGGUCAUCACAAUCAACCAGCAACCAAUCAUGAUCCAGUCUAGCUGUGCUGUUCAUGCUGGAGCAAGUGGGGGCGCCCUGUUAUGUGCAAAGACCGGGAAUCUCGUCGGCAUUAUUGCAAGCAACUCAAGAGAUAGUGAGAGUGGGGCCUCCUUCCCUCAUGUUAAUUUCAGUAUACCAGUCGACUGUUUCAGAUAUGCAAUACAGCAGUUCAUCAACACAAAAGAUCCAUCAUGGUUCAAGGAAUUAGAGACGACGGAUGAGAGAAUUAAAUCAGUCUGGGCUCUGGAGGAGACGGGAACAUACACCAAGAGAUUACCAAGCAAGCUUUGACAUUGAUUGAAACUGAGGGGGGAAGAAAUGUGGGAUACACUACUCUUAGAAUUAGAGAUGACGGACGAGAGAAUUAAAUCAGUCUGGGCCUUGGAGGAGACGGGAACAUACACCAAGAGAUUACCCAGCAAGCUUUGACAUUGAUUGAAACUGAGGGGGAAGAGGGGAUGGGUGUCAAAACCCAUCAUAGGCCCAAGAUACACAUGCGUCGGGCUUGAAGCCGCCUCUGACGCCGGCCUCACGCCUGCAAUUUUGUGCGUAUACAUAUACACCGGAAGUAGACUGAAACCGCUUUGAGAUUUUCUUUCCAAGAUGACUAUUCAAGCGACACACGUACCUGUCUUUUCACGUCAGCAUUUUCUAUUGUUCAAUGGAAAUUGUUUGGGAUCAUACAUGUACAUGUACCUAUAUCUAGUUCAGUGGUCAAGCAGCGGGCCAGCUUUAGUCCACCUUUUGACGUAUGUGUAUCAUGGGCCAUAGAGAGGGCUCUGCUCUACAGAGCCCUAAUGCAUUUGUAUCUUGUGUAUUUCAAAAAUUAAUUAAAAUCAUGCCAUAAUCGUGUCAUUGAUGGCGAUGAUGAUAGUGACAAUCACAUGUAUGAGUGCAUGAUGAUAAUUUUGAUGAUGGAGAUAACAAUGAUGAUAAUGAUAUCUUUCUUAUUUGCUCUGUAAUCUUUCCAUCAAGGCCCAAAAUAAAUAUUUCAGUUCAGUACUAUGGGGAAGAUUUUGAUGGUGAUGAUAGAGAUGGAGAUGAAAAUGAUAAUCAUGCUGAUGAUGUUGAUGAUGAUUGUGAUGAUUGUGAUGACAAUGAUAAUAAUGAUGAUGUUGGUGAUGAUAAUGGUAAUGAUGAUGAUGGUAAUAAUGAUGGUGAUGUUGGAAAUGUUAGUGUUGCAUCUACUACUAUGGGUGCAAAUAUUGAUAUUGUGAUGACAAUGGUUGUAUUCAUUCAGCGCUUAAGAUAUUGUAGCGCUUACAGCUGUUUUGAUCACGUACCUCAUAUCAAUGUUUUGAAGAAUGACUUGGGCUUUGAUAGCAUUAAUGAACCGAGGACAGCCAUGCUGGAUAGAGAGGUCUGGGGCCUGUUUCAUAAAGGAUUUGCAACUGUUGUAACUUUGCCAUAAUGACAACUACCAUGGAAACGGGGCCUAGCAGCCAAUCAGAAUCAAGGUCGCCAUGGUAAUUGCCAAAAUGGCAAAGUUACAACAGUUGCAAGUCCUUUAUGAAACGGGCCCCUGGAAGCGCUUCUAUGUUCAUGGUACCCGAGAUGGCAUAGGCUAAAACCUUUACCUGCCCUCGAACUGACUGAACUAUAAACCAAAGAACUUCCACAUUGAUAUCUUGUACUAAUUGUUGAUUUCUGUUGAAUAUAAGCUGCAAUAAAGAUCAAUUUUAUAUUGUUAUGAAAACGACUCCACCCUUUCUUUCUCUUCCCCCUUCAUGUCAUGUAUGUUGAAUGUAGAAUGUGUGUUAAAGUUAUGACCGAUUAAAACUCAAUUUUCACCUAAUGCUAUACUCAGAUUGCAAACCUCAAGGCCAGACUGAAAUCACCUAAGAUGUUGAAGUUAGUUGCUUAAUUCCUGCUUUAAAAGAUGACUAUAAUAGUAUACGCAUCCCUAGGUAUGUGUUAACAUUGUAGUCUAUACAGGGACAAAUUAUCAUUUUCUUACUGCAAAACGCGAUAUAUGGACAGUUUAAUUGCUUAUUCUCUUUAUAUCAAGCUGCAUGAAACCAAUUGCAAAAGUUGGAAAUGGAAUCAAACAAUACAAAAUAA